AUGGAUGAUAAUGAUAAAGACGACAUGGAUAAUAAUGUUAUAGAUGACAUGGAUGAUAAUGAUAUAGAUGACAUGGAUGAUAAUGAUAUAGACGACAUGGAUGAUAUUGAUAUAGAUGACAUGGAUGAUAUUGAUAUAGAUGACAUGGAUGAUAAUGAUAUAGACGACAUGGAUGAUAAUGAUAUAGACGACAUGGAUGAUAAUGAUAUAGACGACAUGGAUGAUAUUGAUAUAGAUGACAUGGAUGAUAAUGAUAUAGAUGACAUGGAUGAUGAUAAUGAUAUAGAUGACAUGGAUGAUGAUCGUGAUAUAGAUGACAUGGGUGAUGAUUAUAUAAUGAAAUGGAUGAUGAUAUAG